AUGACCUGCGCCGCCAUGACCUGGAUCCCCGUCCUCCUCGCCCUCCUCCUGCUGUGUGUCAGGGACUCCUCUCCCCUCUUCCUGCCCGACUCCAAAGAGCUCCAGCAGCUGCUGAGCCGCUACGAGGAGGAAGCAAACCAGAGCGGCAACAGCAACACAGCUGGCAACAGGAGCCGCCGAGCAAUCCGCUGGUCCGACCGGGACGAGAUCCUCCAGCUGCACAACAAGCUGAGAGGAGCCGUCUACCCCACAGCCUCCAACAUGGAGUUCAUGGUUUGGGACGAUGAUCUGGAGCGGUCGGCCAUUCACUGGGCCCAGCAGUGCCAGUGGGACCACGGACCCCAAGACCUGCUCAUGUCUAUCGGACAGAACCUGGGGGUCCACUGGGGAAGAUACCGCUCUCCUGCCUUCCAUGUCCAGUCGUGGUACGAUGAGGUGAAGGACUACACCUACCCCUACCCCCAGGAGUGCAACCCCUGGUGUCCGGACCGCUGCUCCGGGCCCAUGUGUACCCAUUACACCCAGCUGGUCUGGGCGACCACGAGCCGAGUGGGCUGCGCCGUGCACGUCUGUCCCAGGAUGGACGUCUGGGGAGAAGUAUGGGAGAACUCCGUUUACCUCGUGUGCAACUAUUCCCCAAAGGGGAACUGGAUCGGAGAGGCUCCGUACCAGCACGGACGCCCCUGCUCCCAGUGUCCUCCCAGUUACGGAGGAGGCUGCAGGAAUAACCUCUGCUACAAAGACUCUCAGCGCUCAGAGACGGAGGACAUGAACGAGGUGGAGAAGCCUCAGGUUCCUCUGCCGCCUCGUACCACCGCCAGACCAGCUCCCAAACCCAAACCCUCUGCCCCGAAGAAACCAGCAACCAGACCCUCCGCUCCCAGGACCACCACGCCCAGGACGCCAUCUUCAAAGACCCCCAGCAGCACUUUUCUGGCUCAGAACAUUAAGUGUGAGACUAGACUGCGAGAUAAGUGCAGAGGUGCAACAUGCAACAGAUAUAAUUGUCCUGCUAACUGUGUGAAUAAGAAAGGGAAAGUCUGGGGAACUCUCUUCUAUGAUGUGCAAUCAAGUAUUUGCAGAGCUGCGAUCCAUUUUGGUGUCAUUGACAACAACGGAGGAGUGGUCGAAGUCACCAGGAUGGAAAAGUUCCCGUUCUUCGUCAAAGCCACUAAAAACGGCAUCGAGUCGUUAAGUAAAUAUAAAGCCGGGAAUGCCUUCGUGGUGGCUCGGGUGGAAGAAAUAACUGCUGACUGUUACACCACAGUGGCUGAAAUCUGCCCUUUCAAAAAGCCCUCCUCCAGCUGCCCAAGAAUCUUCUGUCCGGCCAACUGUAAGACUCAGCCUUCCUACUGGUCACCUGUGGUUGGAAACAACAUCUACACAGAUAGCUCCAGUAUCUGUAAAGCAGCGAUCCAUGCAGGCGUGAUGAGAGCAGACGGAGGCUUGGUGGACGUUCUGCCUCUGGACAAGAGAAAGAGCUACGUUGGAGUCCUGAAAAAUGGCAUCCAGUCUGAGAGCAAAAGCAACACAGAGGGAGGUUCAUUCCGAGUCUUUACUGUGAGGGAGUGAGACUCCAGAUCAGAAGUCCAGAGACCACCAGAGUCCCCUGAGCUGCUCUAGAGGAGCAGGAAGCCACAGGUUGGAUACCACGACUGUUCUUCUGUCUCUGUCCUCCAGCAGGAACAGGACGUCCCAGCAGAUCCACAUUUCCCUCUAUGUUCAUAAACAAUCACCACCCAGUAAAAGUGGUCCAAUAUUUUGAUGGACCUUCAUUUUUUAAAACUCCAGAUAUAGAUAUUUCUCCAUACUUAGUUAAUCUGUGAAUACAGAAUGUUUAUAUAAAUAUAUAUAUUAUGAUGUAUUGAACAGCUGGUGCUGGAAGUUUUGAGUUAGACAUGUUUUACAGAAAUGUUUACAUUGAUUUUCUUCUUAUUACAAAUCCAUACACAGGAAUGUAUACUGAUCACACUGUAUUUAAUCAUUGUGUACAGAAUAUAUGAUAUUUUGUUUGUUUUAAAAAUGGAGUACCAUAUAUUAACGUUUUUAUUCUGUAUUUUUAUUUUAUUUUAUUGCCAUUUUCUGCUCACCUAGAUAAUCUUUUCUUUCUGCUCUUGAGGAUUUCAGCCUGUGAAACCAAACUUGUAUUUAUAAGUGAAGUGGUGAGCGCGGCGGAUGUGUUUGUCAGACAGAAACAGGAAGGAGAAGAGUGGUAGAUG